AUGGGUGAUUGGAAUUUAUUGGGGAGUAUAUUGGAAGAGGUCCACAUUCAUUCCACCAUCGUGGGCAAGAUCUGGCUCACCAUCCUCUUCAUCUUCCGGAUGCUUGUCCUCGGUGUCGCAGCCGAGGAUGUGUGGGAUGACGAGCAGAGCGAGUUCGUUUGCAACACCGAGCAACCGGGCUGCAAGAACGUCUGCUACGACCAGGCGUUCCCCAUCUCGCUCAUCCGCUACUGGGUCCUGCAGAUCAUCUUCGUGUCCUCUCCGUCCUUGGUUUACAUGGGGCAUGCCUUGUACCAUUUGAGGACCCUGGAAAAGGAGAGGCACAGAAAGAAAGCCUGUCUGAAAGCUGAGCUGGAGGGGAAGGACCCCGUCCAAGAGGACCACAAGAGAAUAGAGCGAGAGCUCAGAAAACUAGACGAACAGAAGAAAGUAAGGAAAGCUCCCCUCACAGGCUCCUUGUUGCGCACAUAUGUGUUCCAUAUCUUAACGAGAUCUGCGGUGGAGGUGGGCUUCAUUAUUGGUCAGUGUGCUCUGUACGGGAUCGGACUGUCUCCUCUGUACAAAUGUGAGCGCUUGCCUUGCCCCAACAGUGUUGAUUGUUUUGUGUCUCGGCCGACAGAGAAGAACAUUUUCAUGGUGUUCAUGCUGGUUAUAGCUGGGGUUUCUUUAUUCCUCAACCUGCUGGAGAUUUUCCACCUGGGGGUGAAAAAGAUCAAGCAGAGCUUGUACGGAUACAAAUAUGGAGACGACGACAGCGUGUACAGGUCAAAGAAAAACUCGUCGGUGCAACAGGUCUGUGUGCUCACUAACUCCUCGCCUCAGAGGUUGAUGCAGCUCACACAGAGGACCUGUCAUGCUGUGCCUGACGCUCAUUGGGAGCCUUUAAGUGUUGUCCCAGGGGCCCCUCAGAAUCAGGAGGGGUCGGCCAGCUCCAACCAGCGUCCCAGCCAAGUGGACAUCCAGGCUCUCCAUCAGCUGGGAGAGUUGGAGCGACGGCCUACUUUCGACAACGGGAUGCCUUCAAGCAGCAGCAACGAAUCAAAUGGACUUCAAAGCUCAGGGCAGCCUCAGUACGCAGGACCAAGACCCACACUGAUGGGGGGCCACAUGGAGAUCCCAGCGUCCCUGAGGAUCCCUCAGAGGAAGCAGAGCAAAGUGAGUGUGUGCAAGGAGUUCAGUGACACGAGUGAUUCUCCAGAGAGCGGUCACUACCCCACAGCCAGGAAGUGCAGCUUCAUGUCUCGAGGAAUGUCAGAGGGGAAGCUGGCCUCUCCGUCUGACAGCGCCGACUCUCAGAGCGGGACGGAUGCAGAGACCCAGCACCUAAACCAGGGGGAGAGUCCAAUGACGACUCCACCGCCUCCAUCCAGCGGGAGGAGGAUGUCCAUGAGCAUGAUCCUGGAGCUAUCUUCUAUCAUGAAAAAGUAAAACGACAAAGACUGUUACGGGACGAGCGCUUACAGGCUGACAGGAUUUCUAAAGGGGCCGAUGGAUCUGCUUUCUUUUCAUACGAAAAUACGUUGAAAUAGAUACUGCAUAGACAUAUGUACAAUAUGUCUAUGUAGUAUCUAUUUCACAUUAUGACAUUAAGAGGUAAAAAAAGAUGCUUCAUGUUUUGUCAAAAUUAUAUCUCCAACUUCUGAUGACUUUUGUAUUGACAGAUUGCAAACUUCUAGCUCUUUAGUGUUUUGUGUAUUUUUGGAUACUGCAAAUCAAAUAUGAAUCCCAAUAAGUUUUUGGCUUAAAGCAUUUAUGUGAUUGCUCAUAAGAUGAGACAAAAAAUACCUUGUUUCAAUGAUAUUUGAUUAAAGAUUUUAAUUACAGAUUGUGGAAUUGGCGGCCACAAUAAACAAAGAGAACUCUUCAAAUGUAUUUAUGUCUGUUUAUCAAAAAG